AUGCCUGGAGGAGAGUUGUAUAUCAUUGGCAGUAAUGGCGUCGGCUUGAGCGGAGGGCAACGACAGCGUGUGGCACUGGCUCGCGCUGUCUACUCCAGACACCGAGUUGUAGUUCUCGAUGACGUCCUCAGCGGCCUCGAUUCCAGAAGUGUCAGCCAGAUCUCAAGCCGUCUCUUCAGCGAAGAUGGCCACUUCCGACGGAAUAAGAUCUCCGUCAUUCUUGCGACUCACAACCGUGCACUGCUUCGACAUGCAGAUGAGCUGAUAGUCCUCGCCGAUGGUGAAGUUCUGAGCCAAGGUCCAUAUGAGCAGGUUCUUGCUAGCUCAUCUGAAUUUAUUACAAAAUCGAGACUAGAAGACGACGAGAAUAUUCCAAGCGGUGAAGAUUCGGAGCCAGCUGACGAAGUUGUGAAACCCACGCAAAUCCAAAGAACACUGGACGCUGAGGAGGACAGGCUGCGCCAGAACGGCUCUUGGGCACCUCUCAGCUUUUUCCAGUCCACUGAUACAGGUUCCAUCACCAAUAGAUUUAGCCAAGAUCUCAACCUGGUUGAUGUGACUCUUCCGUCGAAUGCUAUCAACUUUGCUUCGAUUCUCUUCUUCGUUCAACGAUACUAUCUCCGCACCUCUCGCCAAGUCCGUCUCCUCGACAUCGAAGCCAAGGCCCCAAUCUACACCCACUUCCUUGAAACUCUCAAAGGCGUUGCUACUAUUCGUGCCUACCAAUGGCAGGAGAACUUUGAGGAGCAGGCGACAAAGCUCCUGAACACCUCACAAAAGCCCCAUUACAUGCUAGCCUGUAUCCAACAAUGGCUCGCCCUCGUUCUGGAUCUUGUUGUUGGGGCUCUGGCGCUCAUAAUCGUGAGCAUGGCGACGUCCAUAACUGACAAGUUUUCUCCCGGAGCAAUUGGUGUUUCCAUGGUCUUGGUUCUGGGGUUCAAUAAUUCUCUCGCGACAACGAUCAAGAAUUGGACUGCUUUGGAAACUUCCAUCGGUGCUGUGGCCAGAAUACGAGAGUUCGCCCAGACAACGCCCUCCGAGGAGCGUGAGCUGGAAAGCUCUGGUGUUCCUCCCGAAAGAUGGCCAAUGCAAGGUCGCAUCGCCUUUGAGAACGUUACUGCGAGAUACACAAAAGACGGAGACGCAACUCUCAAGAACUUGACACUUUCAAUAUCAUCCGGUCAGAAGAUUGCAGUCUGUGGGCCAUCAGGCAGCGGCAAGACAUCAUUCGUUCUCUCACUGCUUCAGAUGAUUGAAGUUACCGACGGGAAAAUCUCCGUGGACGGCAUAGAUCUUGAAGGUCUGGAGAGAGCGGAAGUACGUUCGCGAAUCAACGUCAUACCUCAGGAGCCAUUCUUCAUCCCGGGCAGCGUCCGAUUCAACAUGGAUCCACACGCCCGCGAAAGUAGCGACGCGAUCAAAGCAGCGCUUGAAAAAGUCGGCCUCCUGGGCAAGAUCGGUAUGGCAGGUGGUCUGGACAGCGAACUCGAUGCCGAUGGGUUCUCAGUAGGGGAAAGACAACUCCUAGCGUUGGCGCGUGCCAUAAUCGAGAAGAGCCAGAUCCUGAUCUUGGAUGAAGCAACAAGCAGCGUCGACCAAGACACCGAAGAUAAGAUGCAGCGAAUUAUCGAGGAAGAGUUUUCGAAACAGACUGUAGUCUCCGUCAUACACCGUCUGGGAUUCAUAGAAAAGUAUGACCGGGUGCUCCUUCUGAAGCAGGGAGAGGUCGUGGAGUGGGAUACUCCCGAUGUAUUGCUAGCGACUGAUUCCGAGUUCAGGAGGUUGCUAGACAGCUACGCAAACUUCGCAUUGAGAAACGGGGAGUAA